AUGCUACAGAGUCAAGCUCCGCACGUCUUUUCGCACCAGCACCAAUAUCCCCAAGCCGAGUCCUCCUGGGCCCAGCAGCACCAACAGCAUCACCAGCAACAGCAACACCAGCAACACCAGCAGCAACAGCAACAGCACCAAUCUCAAUUUCAGUCGCAGCAGUCGCAGCAGCACCCGUCUCUCGCAGCCCAGCAGCAUGCUCAGGCACAGGCACAGGCACAAGCCGCGGCCGCAGCCGCAGCUGCCCAACAUCAACAGCAGCAGCACUAUAGCCGUAUCGGCAUGAAUGCUAAUGCCAACAACAACUCGCAGGCUCCCGGUGGCCAGGAGAACGGUAACGGAGUCACGGGAAACUUGGACAGCGGUGUCAGUGAGGAGAACAGGAAAGUUCUCGUCUGGGUUGCUGAGCUGCUGGAUCCCAACCGGCGGGAGUCAGCGCUCAUGGAGCUGAGUAAGAAGCGAGAACAGGUUCCGGAACUAGCUCUCAUCAUCUGGCAUUCAUUUGGUGUCAUGACAUCCCUUCUACAGGAGAUUAUCUCCGUCUACCCGCUGUUGAACCCUUCACAACUUACUGCCGCUGCUUCUAACCGAGUGUGCAAUGCUCUGGCCCUGCUUCAGUGUGUGGCCUCCCACAACGAGACCAGAACUCUCUUCCUAAAUGCACACAUUCCACUCUUCCUCUAUCCAUUCCUAAAUACCACCUCAAAGUCUCGGCCAUUCGAAUACCUCCGCCUCACUUCUCUCGGUGUCAUCGGUGCACUGGUCAAGAACGACUCGUCCGAUGUCAUCAACUUCCUCCUCACCACCGAAAUUAUCCCGCUAUGUCUUCGAAUAAUGGAAACUGGCUCAGAGCUCAGCAAGACCGUGGCGAUAUUCAUUGUCCAAAAGAUACUUCUUGACGAUAUAGGUCUAGCCUAUAUCUGCGCCACGUACGAACGAUUCUAUGCCGUCGGCACAGUUCUAAGUAAUAUGGUCACCCAGCUUGUCGAACAACAAACCGUUCGGCUACUAAAGCACGUUGUCCGCUGCUUCUUACGACUCAGUGACAACAACCGUGCUCGCGAGGCUCUUCGUCAAUGCCUGCCAGAACCGCUCCGUGACGCGACCUUCUCGUCUGUUCUCCGUGAUGACGCUGCCACUAAACGAUGUCUUGCACAGCUUCUCAUCAACCUGUCUGAUAACGUCGUUGACGGCACCAAUGCCGGUCCCGGAAUGUGA